CUGAUAAUAAUUGGAGAAAAGUAUCAAACAUCUAAUUAUUCUAUCCUCUUAAACCCUUUGGAGGUUUUUGAUAAUAAUUCAAGUAUGAGCUAGACGACUGAGGAAGGAAUGAAAAGAACUUUUACAUAAUCCUCCUCCCCUUUUCUUGAGGUUGUUCUUCUAAGCAUCUGCUUCAUCUUCUUCUUCUUCUACAGUGCGCGCCACUACAAUCUUUCUUACUUGCUAAAAAUGGUAACUUCAUCUGCCACCAAAAUCCCACUCUGCCUACAUUCAACAAUAAAACUAGUUCACCACUCCAUUUCGUACAAUCCCCUCAAAACCCUUUUGCUUUACAAUCCCAAAACCCAGAGCACUCUUUGCCCCAAACUCGAAGCAACUUCCAAACCCCGAAAUUCACCAAUUUUAACCUGUUCUUGGAAACCUCAGAAAGAAAUUCCCAAGUUUUUCUGUGAAAAGAUUGUCAUUUUACUUGUUGGGUCAUUCUUGUUUAUGGGUUUAAGGGCCAAGAAUGCAGUGUCAGUGUCACGACCAGUUCAAGAAAGUAGUGUUUUUGAGACCCAAGAAGAGAAUAAUGAUGAAGAAGAGGAGAUGCAUGUGAAGUUAUUGGAGAAGAAUGAGAGAGAUAUUGAGGCUUUGAAGACUAUUGUUAAUGUGAAAAUGAGGAAAGGGAAGACUAAAGAGGCUUUGAAGUAUGUGGAGAAACUGAUUGAAGUCCAGCCUAGAGAAAUGGAGUGGAGGCUUUUGCAGGCUCUUUGCUAUGAGAUGAUGGGGCAGUUGAGUAAGGCUAAAAGUUUGUUUAAGGAGAUCUUGAAGCAGAGGCCUCUCUUGCUCAGAGCUUUGCAUGGUUUAGCUAUGGUGAUGCACAAGAACUUUGAAGGUCCUGCUGUUUUUGAGAUGCUGAAUGACGCUCUAGAAGUUGCUCGUCGGGAAAAAAGAGUCAAUGAGGAGAGAAACAUAAAAAUAUUAGUCGCACAAAUGCAUGUCGUUAAGGGUCAAUUAGAAGAGGCCUUACAGAAGUUUCAACGUCUUGUUAAAGAGAACCCAAGAGACUUCAGGCCUUAUCUGUGCCAGGGAAUAGUCUACAGUUUGUUGGACAAGAAGAAAGAAGCUAACGAGCAGUUUGAGAUAUAUCGAAGUCUUGUACCCGAAGAAUUUCCUCAGAGAGGUUUCCUUGAUGAUGUUGUGUUGGCUGCAAAGACAGAAACUAGGGAACAACUUGAAAAGGAGUUCAAGACUCAAUUCUCUUACAAGACAUGAAAAUUCAUGCCCAAUUUUUACAUUUUCAGCUAGGCUAUUAUAACUGGAUGGUUAAGGGUGUAUGGAGGGGUGAUCAGAGGGUGUGAUAGAAAAAAAUCCAUUGCUAAUGUAGACAGACAUUAUAGGGCAGUACAUUUUUGUGUCUAGUAUAGUGUUUUUGAUAACCCAGAAAUCCGUGAGGGUCAGCUAGUAUGUCUAAACUCGGUGGAUAAAGGAUCCACUCCACUCGGUGAUAUGCGUCUAAACCGCAUAUCAUAUCAUAUGCUGCGCUCUUACUACUAGGCCAAAACUCUGGGGCCUCUCCGCUCUGGUGAUAUUAAGAAAAUAGAUGGAGAUUGAGGUUUUACUGUGCUUUGAAUGUAAAAGAAUUCUUAAUUUGUCUGUUGUAGGGAAGCUGGAGUUAUCUACAUUCUCAAAUAUGCUUAUCCAUUCUUGUAUA